GCAACAUUCCAAUCUUAAACAAAAUCCUCAUUCGCUCCAUCUUGUAGCUCCCAAUCACAACACUCAGUCGUGACUUUUGCCCCAUUCGAACAAAAACCCAGUUGCAACUUCCAGCACAGCCCGGCCAUGAAAACUCCAAGAUUUCUGCCGUAACUCCUAUUCGAAAAUUUGACCGAGAUUUUCCAAGAUCUCCUCCAGCUGUCCCGACUGUAACAAACUCCAAGCCCGGCCGUAUUUUUCAGUUCCUAGCCCCAGUCGCAUUCCAAUUAUAUCCGGGGCCAAACUCUGCCAAUCUAAAUCCGGCCACAUAUUAUGUCAAUCCAAAUUUGGCUGCAUUGAAUUCAAAGUCCCAGGCCGCCAAUCUUUAAUAUCUCGGUCGUAUUCUAUACACCCCGUCGAUUUGUGCUUUGAAAAAGUGCCCAAACUUAGUAGAUUUUUGCCACCCCAAAACAUUGCUCCCUCGACUUGCUUGGCUCGGAUUCGGUGUAGAGGUAAGCAAAUCGAAGCCCAAAACCUUUCAAUUUAUGAAUUUUGAAACUCUUCGCUUGCCUUGCACGUUAUUUAAAUUUUGAACUAGGUUGAAAUUUAGGAGGACAACACUUUUGAACUUCCUAUCCGUUAAAAACCCUAGAUAUUACAAAUAUCCAAGUGUUCUCUUUCAUUUUCACAUAAACACUUCCACCAUAGCUAUAAGUUUUUAGGAGGUUUUGUCUCAAAACCCAUAUCCUCUUCUCCUUCGAAUUCAUCAUUUCGCACACCGCAUUCACCCGAAUCGAUGUCAAACUUGAGAUUUGCAAGUUUCUAGGUAUGGUGCACUAAUUCUUGUUUGAUUUUGGUAUGAUUUGGAUGCAUUUGUAGCUUUGAAAAGUGUAGACUUGAAACUUUUAAUGUAUGAAUAUUGCCAUGAUCUUCUUCGCGUUCUUGAUUCGAAUCUCACUUUCUUCACUAUAUUUUCAUUGGAUUCGAUUUUACUCUAUAUUUGUAGGAUGAAAUAUAUUCCAAAUGAUAGUGCCAAAUUUUUUGAAGCUAUGAAAGUGGCCAUGGACAAAGACUUGGGCAAGCAAGUAUUCGCCUAUUUCCUCAAUGCCUUUCACAACUCCGCCCAAUAUAUUCUCGGCCCAUUUUUCUCCGCCUAUCCAGAGGAAGUGGUGAAGGUGGGGGUGACACAGCCGAUAAAUGACCCAACUUAUUUUUCAGACUUCACAUGGGCAACCGUUUGGGAGAGCUCCAAGCCAUUCAAAGGUUGGCUGACGGGAACCGCCAUCGAAACGGAUUCCGUUGCAACUAAAGAAGCCCCAUCAAAGAAAGCGUCAUCCUCGCUGGAAAAGCAAACCACUCAAGCUCGGCGGAAGGCAAAUUUGAUUGGUAUCAUUGGUUCAAGGCAUUAGAACCAAAAUUGAAGGGCCAUUGGAAGAAAAUCGGAAUAUAUGAUACGUUGCACCUAUGUACGGGAAGCCCGUUUCCUUGCGACCGAUCUCUCAUCAUCGCGGCCCUAUGCUUUUGGUCUUCCUCCACCAAUUGCAUGAGAAUUCGUUUUGGGAUGAUGACGCCCAACUUGCUAGACUUGGCCGCUAUCACCGGCCUUCGCCCUCAUGGAAAUGAUUUCUCGGCCACCAACUUUCCGAAAGCCAAGGUGGGCUUAGAUUUUCACAUGUCGAACAAGACCUCCGGGAGUUGGGUGAGGACGUAUCUUGGCCAUGGCGGAGAUCCCACCGACCUUCCUUCCAUCAAUGUCGUAUCCUAUACUGAGCAUGUGGCUUUCCUUGUGAUGUGGUUGUGCAAGUUAUUAGCAUACCCAAAAUCCGGCGGGAUUACUAAGGAAUUCCAAGCCUUGGCGGAGGUACUUGUGGAUAGCGAUCAAGUGGCCAUGGGCUCAAUUUUUCUUGCCUAUCUUUAUAGAGAGCUCCGCGAGGUAACCAUUAAAACCAUGGAUUAUCAUGCUUCUGGCCCUAUAUGGAUAUUUCAAUUGUGGCUCUAGCUCUAUUUUUCGGAACUAAGUCCUACCCCAGUUUGCCCAACGAUAAAGCUCUUCUGGGUCUGCACUUGCUCAACGCCCCCAUGCUGGAAGUAUUAUGUUGAGGAUUGCUUCCGAUUUUUCUAUGAGUGCUAGGGGAGAACUAGGGAGCAUCUUUCCAUUUGCCUGGAUCACCGUUUCCCGGAUUAUCUUGCCCUGGAUCUUUCCUAAUAUCCUUCGGCGGAGAGAAAAGAGGAAAGACAUAGUAUGUGGGCGAGUAUCCUCAUCAGCCGAGAUCUUUCAUAUGGCCUAAUGGUGAACAAAUGUAAUAACUAUCAUUGUGGUGGUGAGCUUUAUUAUCUCGCCGCCGCUAGCUACUAGCUUGGUUUUAUACAAAGCAUCCUAAUACCAUCCAUAGAUUCUGUUAACCUGCUUUCCUCUUGGCGGGUGUAAGUUAAGGAUGCAAAAGAAGUCACCACCUUGAUGAAUUUUAACAAAGACUUGGUGAAAUCCUUUAGUAUUCUGAUUAGAGAUUCCCGAUUUGGUGAUUCUAAUAUUUUUAUCCACUGGUGGAAAGAGAUGUCGGCCGGUUGGUUUUCUCAACCAUGCUCAGAGAUGGAAGAUAGGGUCUUCAAGCAUUGCCCAUGCUCAUCGGUCUUUCAACAAGAGAAAGAGAAAAGAAGGCCCAAGCAAAAGCAAACACUGCCAAGAAGGAAAAUCCUCCCAUCGACAUUAUUGAGAGAGAGAGCUCGGCCAAAUCUGCCGAUGCAAGUACUGGGCGGGGCGAGAGAAGGCCCAACGGCCCCAUCCGAGGAGAUACCCCCGCAGGAAAUAUUAUGCCAUUACAAACAUUACUUUGGCCCAGGAAAGUUCCGCGGAACCUCUCACCUCAAGGUGCCCUAAGGCCGGCAGAGCAUCCCUCUUCUUCUCAUUCGAUCGGGGCCGUGCAAUUGGCCACCACUUUGUCUACCAUUCCAGAAACUCAACCUUCAUGCACUUGAGAAGGGAAUUGGGGCGCAAGUCAUGGCUUUAGUGGGCGAGGACGAGGUAACCUCAUCUCAUUAGCCGUUU